AUGGCGCCCGGAAAAUCAUACGCCUCGCCUACUCGCAAGAUCUGGGACGACAGGUUUCGCGAAGACGGCCAGACCCGUUACAACGACCGCCUGAAGUGUUACCAGAAGAUCGGAAAUGAGCUCGAGCAGGUGCGUGCUGCUGAGAAGAAGAGAGAGGCCGGGAUUGCUCUCGGAAACAAGGCGGCUAACGGACCACCAUACGUCGCCCCUACUCCGAUAAUCUGGAACGAUCGGACCGACAAGUUCGUGUGCACACCCAGAGCCAUCUCACUCCUGGUCUGGGAAGCCGAGAACUUGUAUCUCGAGCUCGAAGCUCUGAGGUUCGAAAAAGACGGCUACCAGCGGUACAAAGAACGACGGAAGCGGUACGACGAGAUAUGGAAGAAGCUGGAGCAGCUGCGUGCUGCGGAGAAGGCAGCUGCCGAACAGAAGAAGCGUGCUGAUGAGCAAAAGCGCGCUGAACAGAAAAGGCGCGAUGAAGAAAACAGGCGUGCUGCGGAGAAGGCAGCCGACCAAGAGAGGCGGAGGCAGCAAAUCCUCAAGCAGAAAGACGAUCAAAUCAAGGCCUUGAAGGAGGAGUGGGCUGCUGAACACCAGCGCAGGGCGGAGGCGGAAGCCCGCGCAAAGGAAUUUCUAGCCUCCGAGGAGAAGAAGCGACAGGCACUCGUCCAAAAAGCCGAUGAGAAGCUCAGGCUUCUGCAAGCUGAGCUUGCCGAGAAAAAGAUGCAGGCGGAGUUGUUUGCCUGCUGCGAACGCCAACGGGCCGUGGAGGAGGUUCGCAAAGAGCUGGAGGACACGAAGAAGCGUCUGAAUCUCGAGUACGAGGCCUUUCAACAGAGAAGCCGUGAAGCUUUCGAGGCUGCCGAACGUCAAAGGAUCGAAGACGAGAAUCUGAGGGCCCGUGCUCGGAAAGAAAAGGAGGCUGCUCUUGCCAGACAGAGCGCGGAGAAACAAACCUCGCCGGAACAGAGACCGAAGGAGGUGUCGUUUGAUUCCACCCACAACCAGAUCUACGGCCUGAGUCCUGCUUCGCACGGCUAUCGACAGCCUGAACAGCAGAACGUCAAGCGUCCAGACAGCGAUAACCAGCAGCAUAAUCAUCACCCCUCUCACGAUCGUUCCCAGUCGCAGAAAGCUCAGCACGUUUCCGAUGUUUGGACCGCUUCGUAUCCCCAGUAUGAACAUCACCGACAGGCCGAUCAGCCAAAGCACCACUAUCCUCAGUACACCCACCCACUGUCUCACCAUUGCAACGGCCAACGUCCAACAACUGGUGAUUUUCAGCGCGAUCACCAAGCGCCAGUAGGCCUCUCCGGUAUGCCGGCUGGUUCUUCGGUUGCCUCCUAUUCCCCAGCUCUCGCUCCUUGGGAUGAUUAUAACCAGCACACGGUUGGUGGCUAUGAAGCUUCUCAUGGGCCUCAAUGGCAGUCGCACCACGAUCCGUCGUAUCUACAUGCUUCCACCACCGGAAAGAAAUGGUCCACGCCUCAAAUCUCCACGUGGAAUGCACCCGUUCUGGAUUCAUUCGGUACUUCCCGACCCGAAUCGCCGGUAAAGGAGAAGUGGUCAUUGCCACCCUCGCCCAUUGUGAAUCCGAAGCAGGUUGAUGUUCGUUCUCCUCGGGAGACUGAAGAGGAGAAGCUUCGGAGGGAACUCGCUGAGGAGAAGGCCAGGAACGCGAAGUUGGCGGCUGACCUGGAGAGGAAGAAACGGGUUAGCGGCGCAGAUAGCGUGGCGACUUGGCAGACCGGAACCAAGUCGAUCUGGGAAGAUGCAACCAAGGAUACCUCCAAGCAUGCUCCUCAUGCUCACCAGAGUGAGAUGCCAAAGGCACAGGCAGCCAAGCCUUCUUUCAGCCAGCGCAAUAAGCAGGACGCAAAAAGGGACAACAAGGUGACAGGCUCCUCCAAAGAAUCUUCCAAGCCGACGACGGUGUCAGUGCAAAAUCUUCGUCGUCGAGAACCGAGUGUCGACCGCAACGGUUUUCGCCCUAGCAGUCGAACCAGCACUCAUACUCGGUACUUCGAAGCUGAGGAGCACAUAUCCUCUGACGAAGAACACACUCCGAGGCCCAAGUUCUCUCGGGCGAACACCCGUUAUGCAUGGCGAAAGCCUUCCCUGGAAUCGAUUCCUCGAUAUGUCCCUCCGACACCCCACCGCCACCCAUCGCCUCCCCCUAAGCUCUCUCCCACACCUCCGCGUGGCUCCACGGCCGACGCCAGACAGGGAACUCAAACCCCGAAGCUGGCCGGCAUUCCCGGCAGCUGGCGCGACGAGCACCCGCCUGCGGAUCUUGGCUGGCCUGCAAACGUUUCAACUCCGAGCGUGAAGAGCCCGCCCACCGCCGAUCACAAGACGACGGAGACGGAGACGUACAAACCGGGGCGGUACGUUCCCGUGCCCAAGGAUGUGCCUCCUCCUGGAUCGUACCUCUCUGCGAACGCUCACCACAGGAAGUCGAGCUACCAAUAUCCCGUGCCGCCAUACUACCCUGGCAGCGCCACUACCGUCCCGCAACCCGUUGCUGGACCGUCGGGACACGGCGGGCAGUUCUCAUCUUGGGCUGACCCGACAGUUGCCCAGAGCACCGACGGGCCCAGGUACACGAGGGAGGAGAAGGGGAAGGGUAAAGCUCGAUGGUGA